CAAACAGGAACAGCUGAAGAUUUCGCAUCUCGUCUCGCAAAGGAGUGUACACAGAAAUAUGGCGUGAGCUCCAUGACGGCUGAUAUCGAACAGUUCGAUUUGAGCUACCUUGAUUCAGUUCCCGAAGAUUGUUUGGUCUUUUUUGUCAUGGCUACUUACGGUGAAGGUGAACCGACAGAUAACGCUGUUGACUUUUGGGAGCUCUUGUCGGAUGAAGCACCUACGUUCUCUCAAGAUGAAGGUGACGAGCAACCAUUGAAGAAUCUUCGAUACGUUGCCUUUGGUCUCGGCAAUAAGACCUACGAACAUUAUAACGAAGUGAUCAGAAAAGUCGAUCAAAGAUUACUGCAGUUGGGUGCAAAGAGAAUCGGUCAGCGUGGAGAAGGUGAUGAUGAUGGCACGCUUGAAGAGGAUUUCUUGGCUUGGCAAGAAGAGAUGUGGCCUGUGUUUUGUGAGGCCCUGGGUGUGGAUGAAAGUAACGCUUCGUCUGGACCAAGACAGGAGACAUUCAAGGUAGAUGAAUUGAGUGUCUAUGAUCAAGCAAAGGUAUAUCUUGGUGAAAUUGGUGAAUGGCUUAAAGAAGGAUCAACUGCCAUCUAUGACGCUAAGCGUCCCUAUAGUGCACCCAUUACGUCAAAGGACCUCUUUAAAGGAGGCGAUAGACACUGUCUUCAUAUUGAAAUUGAUAUUUCUGGCACUAACUUAUCCUAUCAGACCGGUGAUCAUGUUGCCAUCUGGCCAACCAACAAUGAAGUCGAAGUGAAGCGUCUUGCCAGACUCUUAGGCUUACAAGACAAGUUAGAUACGGUCAUCCAUGUCGAAGCCUUGGACCCGGCUGCAUCCAAGAAACACCCAUUCCCUGUACCUACGACCUACCGUGCCGUCUUUCGUCACUACCUUGACAUCUGUGCAGCCGUUCCUCGUCAGGUGUUGAUGUCAUUGAUUGAAUACGCACCCACAGAGCAAUCGAAGGAAGCACUUCGCAAACUGGCUACGGAUAAGGAUGAAUAUCGCAUUCGAGUUGGCGAUGUCACUCGUAAUUUGGGUGAGGUACUCCAAAUGUUGGCCGAACAGGAGUCUUUACCCUUAGAAGGCGCAUUCUCCUCUGUACCAUUCGAUCUCGUGAUUGAAAGUAUCUCUCGUCUUCAACCUCGUUACUAUUCCAUCUCUUCCUCAUCAAAAGAAAGCCCCAAGACGAUUGCUGUCACAGCUGUUACGCUUCAGUAUACCCCAGAGCACGGAUCACCACGUACGGUCUAUGGUGUGAAUACAAACUAUCUCUGGCGCUUACACGAAGCUAUCAACGGAUUGACCCCUGAUACCGGCAUUCCGGAAUACUUCUUGCCCGGACCUCGUGAUUCUUUGUUCAAUCAUGACACCAAGAUGGCCCGUGUGCCUGUUCAUGUUCGUCGAUCUCAAUUCAAGCUGCCUAGAAACCCCACGGUACCUGUGAUCAUGGUCGGACCUGGUACGGGUGUUGCUCCCUUCCGUGGAUUUGUUCGAGAGCGUGUGCUUCAAAAGAAAGAAAACAAGCCAGUAGGACCUACGAUCUUGUUCUUUGGAUGCAGAAAUAGAGCAGAAGAUUUCCUUUACCAAGAAGAAUGGCCUGAACUGUUUAAAGUCUUGGGUGAGCCCUCUCGUCUGAUCACAGCAUUCUCUCGAGAAACCGAAAAGAAGGUCUAUGUUCAACACCGCUUGAUGGAACACGGCCAGGAAAUGUGGGCCUUGCUUGAGAAAGGAGCCUACAUUUAUGUCUGUGGUGAUGCCAAAAACAUGGCUCGUGACGUGAAUCAGACCUUUGUACGUUUUGCACAAGAGUUUGGUGGAAUGAACGAAACCAAGGCACUGGAUUAUGUAAAGAAUUUGAGAAGCACAGGUAGAUACCAAGAAGAUGUUUGGAGCUAA